CUCAGCUCUAUUAGAAGUGUGAGAGCCCAGCAGGACUCAGAGGGGAGAGUUGGAGAAAAAGGCAGAAAAGGGAAAGAAAGAGGAAGAGAGAGAGUGAGAGAGGCUGAGCAGACCCUGAUGGCUACAGAUGAAGUUACAGGAGGGGCUCGCAAAGCUACGAAAAGCAAACUUUUUGAGUUUCUGGUCCAUGGGGUGCGCCCUGGGAUGCCAUCAGGUGCUCGAAUGCCCCAUCAGGGGGCUCCAAUGGGUCCCCCAGGCUCACCAUAUGUUGGAAGCCCCUCAGUGCGCCCUGGAAUGCCCCAAACAGUGAUGGAACCAACACGAAAGCGCACAGCACCUCAGCAGGUACAGCAACAGCAGGUGCAACAGCAGGUGCAACAGCAGCAGCAAGCAACUCAGACCCGAACCCGGAGUGCCAAGAGGAGGAAGAUGGCUGACAAAAUUCUCCCUCAGAGGAUCCGGGAGUUGGUUCCUGAGUCCCAGGCCUACAUGGACCUGUUAGCCUUUGAACGCAAACUGGACCAGACCAUUAUGAGAAAGCGAGUGGACAUUCAGGAAGCCCUGAAGAGACCAAUGAAGCAAAAACGGAAACUGAGGCUUUACAUCUCCAACACCUUUAACCCUGCAAAAUCUGAUGCUGAUGACUCUGACGGCAGCAUUGCAUCCUGGGAGCUGCGAGUGGAAGGGAAGCUCCUGGAUGAUAUCAGCAAACAGAAGCGGAAGUUUUCCUCCUUUUUUAAAAGUUUGGUCAUUGAGCUGGACAAAGAUCUUUAUGGACCUGACAAUCAUCUGGUGGAGUGGCACAGAACUCCCACUACCCAGGAGACUGAUGGCUUCCAGGUGAAGAGGCCUGGUGAUGUGAGUGUGCGAUGCACACUUCUCCUCAUGUUGGAUUACCAGCCUCCACAGUUUAAAUUGGACCCACGACUGGCCCGUUUAUUGGGAAUACACACACAGACCCGAUCAGCAAUUAUCCAGGCCCUCUGGCAGUACAUCAAAACAAACAAACUGCAAGACUCCCAUGAUAAGGAAUACAUCAACUGUGACAAAUACUUCCAGCAGAUCUUCGACUGUCCACGGCUAAAAUUUUCUGAAAUUCCUCAGAGACUCACUAACCUGCUGUUGCCUCCAGACCCCAUAGUUAUAAACCACAUCAUCAGUGUUGACCCCAAUGACCAGAAAAAGACGGCGUGUUAUGACAUUGACGUGGAAGUUGAAGAUCCCUUAAAAGGACAGAUGAGUAGCUUUCUCCUCUCAACAGCCAACCAGCAGGAGAUCACAGCACUGGACAACAAGAUUCAUGAGACAAUCGAAUCUAUAAACCAACUAAAGAUACAACGUGAUUUCAUGCUGAGUUUCUCCAAAGAUCCCAAAGGAUACAUUCAAGAUCUUCUCCGAUCCCAGAGCAGGGAUCUCAAGGUGAUGACUGAUGUGGUUGGGAACCCUGAGGAAGAGCGUAGAGCUGAAUUUUAUCAUGAGCCCUGGUCCCAGGAGGCUGUGAGCAGAUAUUUCUACUGCAAGAUCCAACAGCGCCGGCAGGAACUGGAACAGUCUCUGGGAGUGCGUAACACAUAAACAUUAUUCACAACCUCCCAUUGGCAUCAUGAACCUAGAGCCAGUGGACGUCUAAGUGUUACUUAGCUCACCUUUACACAUGGACUUGCUUAAUGACUGGACAAGAAUGUGCCAUCAGCAACACCAGUCACAACACCAGCUUUAGCGUGACCCCUGAAAAUCCUGCUAAUGUGAGUGUCUCAAACCAUUCCAGGCCGGAGAGGGCACAAGAUUUCUAUUCCCCAUAGAGGUGUCCAUAUUAAUAAGAAUUAAAUGUUCAUCCAUCUACUUGCAUCAUUGAGUUUUAAUAGAAAGUUCAGACACUACACAGCAAACUUAUUGGACUAUACCAUAUAUUCAUGGGUGGGGGGAUGCUAGAUGUUACAGGAGACUGUGGAUGUGGAGAAACAAAGGCAGUUCUCAUUCUUCAUGGUUUCAGCUGUGAUCUGAGAGUCUCCUAUGACAACUUUCUGCACUGAUAAUUCCCUGAAAUUAGACAAAAUGUUCUACCAGCUGUGGAAUCAUUCAGUUAUGCAAACACAGCUUCCAUUCCAACUGGAACUGACCAAGGGGCUGCCCUCCCCCAUGGGAGAGAAAGAUUUCUGUCCAUUAAGUGACAAAACAUCUAAAAGGAAGAGAUACAGUCAGGCCAUUCAUUCUGCAAGACUUUGUCCCCUUGAGUGAAAGAUGGAGUGAAGUCCGUUUCACCACACAAGCCAAGAACUGAUCAUGAUGCUCAAAUCUGCAAUGCUGAGAGGAAUAUAACUGCCUCUAUGAUAAGAAAACUGCCAGUGGCAUCAUUGGAACCAGUAGUGGUGAGGUUGGAGCCAAAAGGAAGCAUUCUGAGAAAGUGGAAAUGACCUAGUGGUGCUUUGUGUUUAUUAGUGCUUUAACUACAGUUAGUAUUACUGGAACGCUACAAUGUAAGGUAUCUGAUUUCAUUACCUUUGUGCUGUGCUGCCUGUAACAUAAGGAACAGUGCUCAAGAGAUGUUUCCUCCGAUCACUAAAGUGCUGCAGAGUCCAAGAUGUGCAACUUCAUAGCAUGUAAGAAAAUUGCAGUGACUUCUCUUCUCUGACUCAUGGAUGAACCCUAUGUUUCAACCACAGAUGUAGUACCUAUACCAGAAAAAACUUUCAGCCCCUUUAUUUAAUCUGUAACUGUACUUCAGGAUGCUGCUGGGUUACAAGCACUAUCUGCCACAAUCAAGUUCCAGCAGUAGAGAUUGAGAACUCCUAGAAAAACAACUUCUCUUGAGAAGUAUAGGAGAUCCAGGCUAUGAAAAUUACAACCUAUUAAACAGCCAAGAGGCAGGGACUAGUGGCACAUGCCCACCCCUUGAACCCUGAAUCUAUGUUGCAGCCAGGUCAGUCUGUAAUAAUAACCCAACAUGAUUCCCAGCCCAAAAAGCAGUUGCCAAAGUUGAAUGAAUGACAUAUUGAUGAUUGAGAAAUCAAACUCCUCUUCUGGGAUACUCCUACUUGCAUCCUUUUCUUCACUCUCAUGCAAGGAAAAAUAAGUUGAGGUUUGUAGUGCACUGUUCUUCUCAACAAUGUAGUUUGUUUUAAUAUUGCUAUUUCCUCCUCUGUCAUCUUUGAAGGUCUUCCCUGUUGGGGAAUUGUCCUCUUCUGGUGUAAUCCUGAGUUUCCUUUGUCCAAUUCUGGAAGGGGGCAUCCAUGCCUCUUCAUUUAACCUCUCUGUUUUUGUAUACCAUAGUUUUCACUCUGACCAUUGUGUUCUGAGACCUGUUUGAGCGUUUGAAUUUGGAUUGUGAUGAUGUACCAGUCAGUACUAUCUUAUAAAUUCAUUUGGUGUGAGACAGAUCCCUGCUUUGUCCUGGAUAGUGAGGCCUUUUAUUGUAAAUGGAGGAGCACACUCCUCAAUGCUUGGGCUAAAUCGUUUCAAUGUUAAAACCACUCCAGUCCUGCAGUCUUAAGCUAAGGCUAGAGUUGGAAUGUGAGGUUCCGGGGAUAUGAAAGAUAUUUAGCUCUCAUUUACUCCAUUAACCUGACCACAGGCAAAACAUUCUGAGGGGAAACAGAGUGAGUUAUCUGCAACUGUGCUUCCAUAUUUUUUAGGCUGCUGUAUCAGUUGUGUGCAUGCUAUCCAGUGUGUAGGCUCUUUUCAGCACAUGUUAAACAGAGCAGCUACAUUUAGAGGAUGGGUUCAGUCUCCAGUAGUAAGAAAUACAUAAAUAAUACUUGUUUGUUUGUGUGAGGAAAGGAAGAGCAGGGGCUGGGGCUUAGGUAUUGAGCACAUGUGCCAGAGAACUUUAGAUUAGGUAAAUUUUCCCCUUCAGGUGCCAGAUGGUCAUGUGUGGAGAUUCCAGCUGUCCUGCCUCCUCUGAUAAGAAAAGAUGGAGUGGUAACAGCCCUUCUUCCUUAUACAAGUCUGACACAGUCCAGGAUUUAAUUGGACAUUUCUGUUGCCCCAUGUCUGUACUUUCAUGUCAGGUUAUUUCAGAAUCUCCAUUAGUGUUGUUGCUUCCAACUUACAUAUUUCUACCACUGCAGUAUGUUAAUGCCAUAGACUAACUAAGGAUAACACUGAAUAUAUCCAGCUAGAGGUUGUAUUCUUAGAGUCUCCCACAAUGUAGCCCAGAAUUAUAUUCCCCAAUGAUUAUUCUUAGGAGUGGCUGACAGGUAUCUCCCUUGGCUAAACUGAGUAUGGGAGUUUGAUUUUUGUCAUUGUUUAGAAACAAUCUUGCUCCUGUUCUUUUACUGAGGAAGUAAAGAGAGAAACAGUCCCUUGUGUUAUGGCUGUACAGCCAGGAGCCUGAGCCAGUACUGUAAGCAAGAAGGAAAAUUUCAUGUAGGGAGAAACAAUACAGCAGAAUUGGGUAGAAGCCGAACAGCAUUGUAAUCAUGGCAGAAUUUGAACAAUAAACUAAAUUGAAUUAACUUAAUUAAUGGAUAGAAGAGGUUAGGAAGGCUUUGGGGAAAGCUCUCAGCAGAUGAUGAUGGAGGCAAAUCCUGCCUGGUGCAGGAAAAAGGGCCUCAUGGACUAAAAGAUCCCUUCUGGCUAUUCUAUUUUGAUGCUAUAGGACAACACAAAUCUAUGCAGGGUGCAACAAAGAAAUCUAGCAUCUGUCAGAGAAAGGGGGUAGAUAACAGCAUAUAGGUCCAUAUUUAUAUAUAUGGUGUAAACUACAACCUAUAGCAGAUGACUGGAAAAGGUUUAGUGCAGAAUCCGUGGUGUUCCAAUACAUGGGGACAAGGAAGGUGCAUCUUGGAGUUGAACUGUGAAAUUGGCAGGUUUGUAACACUCUUUUAGUUAUCCCUACUUUGCACAGUGGAUAAGGAUUCAGAGGCAGUGAUUCCUAGAAAGUACAGAAUGAAAAGACCUAUUUGGCCAUCUAGGCAGUUCCCCCAAAUGAGUGGUGGAAUUCAGCUGUGGGAAGACAUGGAGCAGAGAGCACUUGAAGUGCCAUAAAAUCAUAGCACAGACUAAUCGAUGCAAAACCAUUUGGAUAUAGCACAGUCUGUGUAAUUCAGUCUGCUCACUGUGUGUAUGCAAGUAUAAAUAUAUAUGUGGAAUAACCAAGUGAGACAGCCAGUCUGAUAACUGCUGUGUAGGCUGGAAAAUGGGUAGUCAGGGCACAGCCUAAUAGUCUGUCAUAAACCUUGUCUGAAUUAUGGACAUUGUAGAAAAAAUUUUCACCAUUACUAACUAAUACUGGUUCAGAUGAAACUCACAGUAUUGGCCAUUCUAGUGCAGAAAGCACUCCAGCUGCCAAAAGUGAUUGUAGCACCAUGUUUAGAAUCGUGCCUUGCAGCAUUGGAUGGCACAGUCCUGGUGCAGCUUGUGAGUCACCUACAACAGAAUGCCCUUGUUAAUACUUGUGCAGUCAAGACUAGUCAGGUUUCUUUCUGUUAAGAGCUCUUCCACAUGCAGUGAAAGCAGUUGAGGGCAAAGCAGACUGUUUUCCUGAAGAGUGUUUCCUCCUUUCUUGUAACUGCUCUGUUGUUCAGUGAGCUGUAUCUGGUCCAUCAGAUCUUACCUUGUAUGACAAACAGCUUUGCCAAUCUUAUUCAGGAAUGGAACUCCAUAACUUGUGUGUGUGUUUGUGUGUGUAUGGGGGGGCACAGAGAGUAACAAGAGAAAGCGAGAUUUCCUCUACUGUGUAGCCACCAUAUCUUUGUUGUAUGAUGCAGAGUGAUUCGUAGAAAAGCUUUUAACAAUAAAUAAUUUGUUCCUUUGUAA